AUGCACGCAGUAGAAUUUAUAACUUGUAAACAUUUGACAGAGGAGAAGCUUGUCGAACAAUGUCUUGACAUUGAUAUUUUCGAUGGUGCUGAUUUAAAGAAACCAGUAUGUUUUACAUGUUUGGAUGAAACAGAGAAUUGGAUUUGUUUAAAGUGUGGAGUGAUUGGAUGCAGUAGACAUGUAGCAGGUCACGCAGCACAACAUUAUCUAGAAAAUGCAGAGCAUUCAUUGUCUGCUUCAUUCUCUGAUUUGAGUGUAUGGUGUUAUGAAUGCGAUGCCUAUGUCACUGCUCCAUGUCUUGCUCAAUUCCUAGAGAUCCUUGGUAUUGUAAAGUUUGCCAAAGAAAAGAAUGACCAUUUGGUGAAACAAGCUGAAAAGAUAGAGGAAUUGGAUAAUAACAUUACCACCGCUACAACUACAACUUCAACUACUACUGCAGCUACAUCAACAACCUCUACUACAAAUGAUAACAUUUCAACCAUUUCAACAACUUCAACAACUUCAACAACUUCUUCUUCUACAUUUAACAAAUCAUCAUCAUCACCACAAAGACAAGAUAGACAUGAUAUUAGUCAAGAUUUAAAUUUAGAUGAAUCAUCAGAAUCUGAAGAUGAAUCAUUAAAGUCUGAAAAGGGAGGUAUUUUAAAGGCAAUGAUGGAUAUGUUGAUUGGAUCAAAACCAUCGUCCCCUGGACAGAUCCUAUCAUCGGUCGAUAUCAAUGGUAUUGCCAAUCAUAUCAAAUCGGGUAAAGCCAAAAAUAUUAUUGUAUUGACGGGUGCUGGUAUAUCUGUAGCAGCAGGUAUCCCAGAUUUCAGAUCCCCCAAGACUGGUCUCUACCAAAACCUCGCCAAAUAUAAUCUUCCAUACAAAACUGCCAUCUUUGAUAUGGAAUACUUUGUAGAAAAUCCAAAACCUUUCUUUAUUUUGGCAAAAGAAUUAUAUCCUGGUUCAUUUAAUCCAACACCAGUACAUCAUUUUAUUAAAUUAUUAAGUGAUAAAGGAUUAUUAUUAAGAAAUUAUACACAAAAUAUUGAUACAUUGGAACGAGUAGCAAAAAUUGAUGAAAAUUAUUUGGUUGAAGCUCAUGGAACCUUUGCAUCGGCCAAAUGUAUUAAAUGUAAAAAGGUUCACUCUUGUGAAUACGUCAAGGACAUUGUCUUUGCCGAUGAAAUCCCAACCUGUCAAGAUUGUUCGGCAGUGGUCAAACCAGAUAUUGUCUUUUUCGGAGAGUCGUUGCCAAGUCGUUUCAGCACCAUGGUCCAAGCUGAUUUCCCCAAAUGCGAUCUCAUGAUUGUCAUUGGUACAUCACUUCAAGUACAACCAUUUGCAUCGUUGGUUGCAAUGGCACCUGCCAACACUCCACGACUCCUCAUCAACAAUGAAGAGGUUGGUAUCUCUUUUAAAUUUGAUGAACCAUCAAACAAAUUGGAUUGUAAAUGGAUUGGUGAUUGUCAAGAUGGUAUCAAUGAAUUAACUACUCUUUUAGAUUUCAAAAUUAUGUCAUCAGAUAUUGGUUUAAUUGGUUUAGCUGUAAUGGGUGAGAACUUGGUUCUCAACAUGGAAAGUCAUGGAUUUACAGUAUCAGUAUUUAAUCGUACUGUUUCAAAGGUUGAUGAAUUUGUUCAAGGUCGUGGAAAGGGUAAAAAGUUUGUUGGAUGUCACUCUAUCGAACAAUUGGUCAACUCUUUAAAGUCACCACGUCGUAUUAUGCUCAUGGUCAAGGCUGGUGAAGUCGUCGAUCACUUUAUCAAUCAAGUAGUACCAUUCCUCUCCAAGGGUGAUAUCAUCAUCGAUGGUGGUAACUCUCUCUACACUGACACUGAUCGUAGAGUUGCUGAACUCGAAAAGAAGGGUAUCUUGUAUGUUGGUUCAGGCGUAUCUGGUGGUGAAGAAGGUGCUCUUCUUGGUCCAUCUAUCAUGCCAGGUGGUAAUCCAGAGGCAUGGGAACAUGUUAAACCAAUUUUCCAAGGUAUUGCUGCUAAAGUUGAAGGAGGACAACCAUGUUGUGAUUGGGUUGGUGAUGGUGGUGCAGGUCAUUAUGUCAAGAUGGUACACAAUGGUAUCGAGUAUGGAGACAUGCAAUUGAUCAGUGAAGCCUAUUUCAUCCUCAAAAACUAUUUGGGUCUCAGCAACGAAGAGAUGCAACAAAUUUUCAAAGAGUGGAACAAGGGUAUUUUGGACAGCUACCUCAUUGAGAUUACUGCCGAUAUUUUGGGCAAAAAGGAUGAAGAGACUGGAAAGUAUGUUGUCGAUGAAAUCCUCGAUAGUGCCGGCCAAAAGGGUACUGGCAAGUGGACCGCCAUCAACGCACUCGACUUGGGUAUGCCAGUCACCUUGAUUGGUGAGGCUGUUUUUUCCCGUUGUCUCUCCUCUCUCAAGGACGAGCGUGUCGCUGCCUCCAAGGUUCUACCAGGCCCCAAGUCAACCGCCUGUGCCACCGCAUUCAAGGGUGACAAAAAGGAGGUGAUUGAAUGGAUCCGUCAAGCAUUGUUUGCCAGCAAGUUGGUGUCGUACGCACAAGGUUUCACCAUGAUGAAGGCUGCUGCCAAGGAAUACAAGUGGCGUCUCAACUAUGGCAACAUUGCCCUAUUAUGGCGUGGUGGUUGUAUCAUCCGUUCAACCUUUUUGGGUCGUAUCAAGGAUGCCUUUGAACGUAACCCCAACCUCGACAACUUGCUCGUCGAUCAAUGGUUCACUGAACAAUUGUCGCAAUGUCAAAACGGAUGGCGUCAAGUAGCCUCUGUCUGCAUGCUCCACGGUAUCCCUGCUCCAGCCUUUACCACUGCUCUCUCUUACUAUGAUGGUUACAGAUGUGAAUUGCUCCCAGCCAACAUUCUCCAAGCUCAAAGAGACUAUUUUGGUGCUCACACUUAUGAAAAAUUAAAUGGAAAGCGUGGUGAAGUCUUCCAUACCAAUUGGACUGGUAGAGGUGGUUCAACUCAUUCUACUUCUUAUAAUGUUUAA